UUCACUGACUUUUCAAAUUUAAUAUUUUGUCAGUCAAUGGUAAAUGCUUUAACAAAAUUGAAAUGUUUCGUGAUAAUUUCCAAUGGAUGUAUAUUCUAUCGGUUACAUGACGAAACAAAAUAUUUUUUCUCAACCUUAAUAAUAUGGCCCACUUUGCUUUGUUGUGGAAAGCUAGAACUAUAGAAAAGUAUAGGCAAAAUUACGAAAAUGAGAAAUACCUCUCUUUACAAGAAACAAACACUCCUAUUCCUCAAAAAUCUCUGUCACAAAGAUUGCGAUGCUACAGGCAAGAUACGCAAGCGCGUUUUUCGAGGAUUUUCCAAAAGAUUUAUCCCGAAGGAUCAUCAUUGUCACACUUCUUCUUGAAUCUGAAAACAGAUCAGACAUGCCUCAAUUUUGUGUUCAAGAGUUUGUUAGGGUUUUUGACGGGAUUGGUGCUUACAUACCUUUGCUUUUUGUUCUUGGUGUAUCAGCUAUCUAUUUCUCUAUUUCAUGCUACGGUUAUCAGUUCUGUCAUCGGCGUUCUCCUUACUAUGGGAUUGGCGUUUAGCUAUAGAAUUAGGUGUCUGAUAUUUCUUCUUCUACCCCAAUUCUUUUCACGAGCUGGACGGUACACGUUAACUUGCUAUGCUCUUGUACUAAUUCUUACUGGCCCUGCUACAAACACACUUAAAAAUUCUGAAGUUUUGACGGAAUCCAUGGCCUGUCGCCAGGAACAAAUAAAAACUCUUGUAAGCGAAGUAAAAUACACUGCGAGAAAACCUUUAAAUUCAAUGAGAGAUUCAAUCAAAAUUAUGGUACAAAAAAUACGAUUUUUUACAAGACAGCUGAAAGAAAAUUUAUUGAAAGUCAAUAGGCUCACAUUGAGCGUAUUAGAAACAAUCCAUUCUACAUUCUUGUGGUUGCGGUGGUUAUCAGAAGCUUGUAAUAAAACUAUGGGGACUCCAUAUGAACGCUGCCUGAAAGUGCUCAACGAAGGUGUCUACAAACAAAAAUACAAGCUAAGUGUUACACAAAUGAAAAGUUUGGUUGAUAAACCUGAAGAAAUUUGUUCCAAUGUUAAGAAAUAUAAAGCAAUGUGCAUAUUCACAGAUUUCGUUAAUGGAAGUUUUGUUGCCACCAUUAAAAGACGGCUAAAGGAGUUCACCCAGCGCAUAAGGGAUAUGUUAUAUCUUCAGAUCCAUGUGCAGCACUCAUAUACCUUCUCUAGCAACAUCAGCGACUCUGCUAGCCAAGUAGCUGCUGGCAUUGUCACUGAGAUCAGAAAGAGAGCUGAUCCUUUACUCACUUGGUUAUCUUGGAGUUCAUGUGUCACUAGUUUAUUCCUUUUACUAAUUAUAUUUAGAGCAAAAUAUUAUCAGCAUAUGUUUGAAACUCGAUCUAGAUUUGACAAUAAAUAUAUAACUAAAGAGCUAAGGGAUUUAGACCUGACCAGAUUACGUCUUGGGAGAGAAACUAUUUUGCCCUUGAAUAGAAGAGAGCGAUCUAAAUAUGUCUCUACAACAUCGUUCAGACUGGUUGCUUCUGAAAAGAUACAUGUAAAUAGAUCAAUUGUUUUUAUGACGAUAACUACAUUUAAGCUACUCAUCCACAUGGUAGCAGAUUAUAGUCUGUAUUGGGUAUUAAUGACUAUUCAACACAAUGGAAAAAAUCAGACCCCAAUGCCAUAUGGAGUUCCAAAUGCGGGUAUGCACAUAACUGGUACAGGGGGUAUAGCAGAUAUGUUUCGAUCAUUACUUGCAGCUCUAACAUCUCCACUUGAGAUGCCUCUUCCAUUACCAUUUGCAUGCCUUCCGAAUCCAAAUCCACCAGAUUUUCAACGAUAUAUACAAAUUGGAAUUUUGAUAUUCCUUCUUUGGUUCUUUUCAUUAUUUGAACCAUAUGGACUACGCCUUCGUCAUGUUGUCAUGGGCCUCUAUCGUCCAGAACGAGCUAAAGAAAGAGCUGAAUGGCUUUAUAAUCACAUACUUAUUCUCCGAGGUGGAUUCAUGAAAUUUGCAAGACGAAAGCUUCACAGAUCCUAUAAGUACCAUUCGGAGGAAAAAUACACUUUCAAGAAAUGGUUGAAUAUUUAUAUUCCGUCCUGGCUACGUUAUAUUUUAAGAAUCUCAAAAGAAGAAGUUCAGUGCCUUCUUUGUUGUACAAAAGAGCUAUCAGAUGACCUUAAUACUAAACUGCAAAAGUGUGUUACCAAAGAUUGUCCAGGAGUUUAUUGUGCAGAUUGUUUCUCUGAUACUGGUGAAUUGUGUCCUAUCUGUUUAUCCCCGAGUGAAUAUGAUGAUUUUAGUGAUGUUAGCUAUGAGAAAGGUUCAUCUGAUGAAAGUGAUGAUGACUGUGAUCAAGGAAAUGCUGCGGACGAAAAUGAUGAAUAUAUUUUUGAUUCUGAAAAUGAUGAUAUUCUUUUGCCAAAGCCUUUGAGAGAUAAAAACAAAUAUCAAAAUGUUAUAAAUAAUUGUGAAUCAAAUAUAAAUUCUAAUAAGACAACAUAUAUAAAAAAUCAAAUAUCAAAUAUGAAGACAAAUUUAUGGAUAAUUGAUAAAAUCAAAACUUUUUCGGGUCGUGAUAUUUCAAAAUACAAAUAUUGUAUUGUAAGUUUAUCGAAUGAAAAUAGUGUGUUAGGUAAUAAUGAAACUACAGGAAAAAACAAAAUGGCAAGUGACAAUAAAACAAAUAAUAAUGACCAAAAAACGAUAGACAAUGAUAAGCAAGUAACAAAAGAUGUUACUAAUAGGAAAUUUGGUGACAAAGAUAGUAAACCAGAUGGGACAAAUGAGCUUAACCCAAAUAAAAGUAAAGAUUCAAAUAACAAACGUAAAAAUAAAAAAAGUAACUUAGGGCAAAAUGAAUUAAUAAAACACGAAACAGUUACUUGGUGCUAUUUCAAUCGAUUUAACACUUUAAUUUUCGCAUGUUGGCCAAAUAAAAAAAAUAAUUUAUUUAAUGCCUGUAAAUCCACAUCUCAAACAGUUAUCAAUAAGAACUUAAGUUAUGAUAAAAACUUUAAAACUCGUAAAAAAGAUAAGAAUAUCGAUAAGAGAAUUGAGGACGAAAAUGCGAGACAAUAUAGAAUUUUUUCUUAUUUGGCCGAACAAGACUGGGUCGUAAAGAAAACCGUCACGUAUAAAAGUACGGAAGAGGAAUGUUCACUGGUUGGUGAAAAAAAUGAUAAUAAGACUAUAAAGUGCUUGAAAAAUGAUAUCUUACAACGGAAUAUCUAUUUGCUGGAUACUGAAAAAGAGCGGACCUUGAGAAGACCGCUUUUAGAACAACAUGUUUUCAUUUGUGAUCGCUGUAGAUUCCAUUGUUUAUGUCCUGGAAAUCCGCUAAAUCAGUUGCUCCGGCCGCCAUGUAGAUCAUUGCCAACUAGUGAACAUGAACUACUCAAAGAAAAGGACAGCAAACCCGCUAUAACAACUUCGAAAAGUAAAGAAAAUAUUGCCAAAACUCCUAGUAAAAGUAUCUCGAAACGCAAACGUAGUUUUAUGAGUAGGAUGAUACGUUGCUUAAAAUCAUCUUGUCGUGUGAAAAAAAAGAAAAAAGUUGAAGAAAUACAAAUGAAAAAACAAGAUCAAGCCACAUCCACACAACAUGUACAAAUAUGCACCGUCACAAAAAAAAUAUGUAGAAAGCAACCUAAAUGUUGUGCGACGCAAUACGAAACAACGAAUGAUUUGACAAUAAUAAAACGAGAGGGAACAUUGACCGAAGACAAAAGUGUUUUGAUAGAUCAGAAAGAAGUGCAAAAGAAGUGCAAGGACAAAUGUAUUUCAACAGAACAGAAAGAGCUACAAAAGAAAACCAAGGACAAAAGUGUUUCAAUAGGACUGAAAGAUGUACGAAAGAAGACAAAAGAUAAAUGUGUUUUAAUAGAACAGAGAGAAUUAGUGAACAUGAUUGAUGAAGAAAUACAGAAGGAGUUACCAGUCAAAGACAAUGCUAUUGACUUAGAACCUAUCAAACAAACAGAACCAAUCAGGAACAAGUGUUGCAAUGGAAAAGGGAAAAGUCAAGAAAAGAAGAAAAAUAUUGAUACGGAAACACAAAAAAAAUUGCCUUCCAGAGAAAAUAGUAUUGAAUUAGAACUACAAGAAAUAUCAAACAAAUACAAGAAAGAUAAAAACAAUUGCAAAGGACAAAAGACCAAGAAAAAUAUUGAUUCAGAAAUACAGAAAGAUUCAUCGGUGGAAAAAAAGAAUUUUGAAUCAAAACGAAAAGAGGUAUCGAACAAAAUCAAGAGUGAUAAAUGUAAAUCCAAAGCAAUAAAGAACAAGAAAAAGAUUGACGAAGAAAAGAAAGAUAAAUUAGAACGAACAGAUGUUACCAACAAAUGCACGCAGUGCAAUAAAAGAAAGCAUAAAGAAUCAAAUGCCAAGAACAAGAUUGAGAUCAAACGAGAAAAAGAGAGAUCGCCAAAAGAAAACAAAACAGAACCACACAAACAAAUAUGUGCCAACUGCAAAGGUGAUGCUGAACUUUGUAAACAAGAGAAGUUGCACAAAAAAUGUGACGAUUUAUGUCCUGAUGAAUGUAAAUGUAAUAAUCGUGGUGUAAUGAUUGAAAAAUGCGACCCUCUUUGUCCUGAAGAAUGUGAGUGCCAUGGGGAAGGUGUCCAAUUUGAACCGUGUGACCCAUUAUGUCCAGAAGACUGUACGUGUGGAGGGCAAGGAAUCGAAGUUGAAAAAUGUGACCCGCUCUGUCCAAAAACAUGUAAAUGUGAUGGACAUGGCAUCACUGUCAAAACUUGUGACCCACUCUGUCCAACGACAUGUACUUGUGAUGGUCAUGGAAUUGUUGUUAGAAAAUGUGAUCCGCAAUGCCCAAAAACGUGUACGUGUAAUGGACAUGGAAUUACUGAGGAACGUAACUAUCUAUGUUCAGGAGACUGUUGUUGUAAAGAUGCAGGAAUAGAAACUCAGCAAGAACUCAGUGCCCCAGAAACAACAACAACAAGUGAAGAAGAAUGUUCGCACCAAUCAACAAACAACUCGUGCUGUAGUCUUUGUGGAGAUAAUAAAAAAACAUGUCCAAAUUGCCGCAAUAAAACAACGACUAGUGAUACUAAAGUAAACUCUAGCAUUUUUAGAUGUACAGAUAGUAAUAAAUCGAAGAAAGGCGAAAAUAAACGGAGAUCAAAACAAUCUAAAAAACCUAAACUGACACGGGUUGAUGACACUUCAAGAAAUUGUGACAAAAUCAAAUUAGGAAAUCGAAGCGACUCUAGCGAUGAAAUCGAAUGCUGCCCACUUUCUGAAUGUGCUUCAUGUGUCAAUUCUGAUUCAUCAAUGACUCCUGGCGAGAUGUACUGCUCCUGUGCUAUACAAUGUCCACCUUUGCAUCGCCCAAAUAAAAUAACAAAACAAUAUUUCAAUGGUAUUGAAGAUGAUGACCCUGACUCGUCCUCGUUGUGUACAUGUUGCUGUAGUGACGCCAAGAGAAAUGAUUUCACUGGGGCUCACAAUACAGUUCGACAUUGUUAUGUUGAAAGACCUAGAAUGAGGAGAGUUAAUCGUACAAUUGUUAACCAACGUAAUCAAUGUAUAGGUACCAAUAUAGAACCUAGGUGUGAUGUGGGUACUAUGACUAAAGAAAAAGGUCUAAUUCGGAAGAAUGUUGUUUAUGUACCAAAGACCCAUGGUAUAUGCUGGGACCGAAUUUAUAAACGGGACAUAGGUGUGUCCACGAAAAAGACUGUAUCGUUUAGGAGUCGUGUGCAAUUGAUUCCUAGCGAUAUAUUCGUAGAUGAUUUUCUCGACAUUUACACACCGUCACGGUACCUUUUGGAGUCUCAGAAAUACUAUAAUGACAUCUACGCAGGGGCUAAUAUAUACCCUAUCAAAUUCAACCAGAAAUGGUCACAUGAGCGUUCAUCUUACGGCAGUCGUUCCUAUAGUUAUCGCAGAGGUCGUCGAGCUAAAAGACUCGAUGGAUAUUUACAACAAAAAUACUUAACAGUAAAACGAGUGAACACUAUGUUAAAUGGAGCAAACCGAGCAAAAUAUCGCAAGUCCCAAAAAGAAAUUUUGAGUUAACUUUUCUUUUUAAAAUGUGUGUCGUGUUCAUGUGUUGUAAUGUGCGUCUUUAAAAGUAUUGUAUUGUUACAUUGGUAUUGUGUUAUUAUUUUGUAAAGUCUAAAUAAAAUUUUAGUUGCGGCCA